AUGGAGUACGAAAGAGAGAACAAGGAUGCCUGGUAUCAGGCGGAAGCCUACAGGUCUGUAUCGCAGGCUGCUGGGCGAUUGCUCCGGCACCAGGCAGACUAUGGUAGCUUGAUCCUCCUGGACAGCCGCUUCGCAGCGGAAGGCCCUCCCAUGCAGCUCUCGGGUUGGCUGCAGCGCGAACUUCGGAGCCAGCGGCCACGGGGCCGCGGCGCCCGCGGAGAAGUGACCAGCCGAUCGCUCGAGGAUGUGUCGGAAGAUCUGAGCACGUUCUUCUUGCGGAAUGAGUCGGCGGUGGAGGUGAAGAAAAGCUCCAUGUUGUCCUCGACUCCCAAAGGGUAG